AUUAUUGAGCAUUAUUUUUUAAACUUGACCUUAUACAUUUGGCCAAUAUUGUAAUAUUGUCAGUGUUGACAUUUUUCAUUUUGGAACUCACUUAUAGGAUAUUUCGAAGUAUUGAUAUUUUCCAGAAAUCUGGGCGGUGCUUUUAAGUUUUUACCUAGGCGUUGGGUCGCGUUUAUUUGUUUUUAUCUUAUCGACAAUUUUUUUUUGGUUUCGCCGGUUUAUAAAAGUCGGUGGGCCGAGUUGCAUUCUGGUCCUCAAAUUAUAUUAUUUAACAGUUCUCCAUCACUGUUACAAAAAACAAUGUAAAGUAAGAGACUACUAAAGCUUUCGUUCUCGCGCACAGGAAGAAAUCGAUAUUUUGAUCAUGCGUCGCAGGUGUUUUAUAUCAAAAUAGUAUCCUUAGGUGAAACGGACCACAAAAUGGGGAUUAAAGAUAACAUUUUAAAGCACUUGAACGAUCAUGCACUUGGAAAAGCUCGGAUAUUUUAUUUCUUUUAUGAAGCAAUCACAAGAUCUCUUCCAAGGUAUCUGGGACUGUAUUACAAGCACACAUUGUUGUUGUCUCCACGACAAGUAGCCAUAUUGCUUUCCGCCCGAUACUUUACAUUACUAUUUGGCUCACCCUUCCUUGGAUCUAUAGCUGAUAAAAUGAAUCGAUAUCGAAAUGUUUUGAUUAUUACUUUACUUGCAUUCCUGACAACAUAUAUCAUGGUACCGCUUGUCGAGCCAGUGGAUAAUUUUCAUUGUAUGGACCACGUAUAUAACCAUUCCCUAUCUGCUAAAACGUUCAAACAUGAAACUGUGAACACUAACGUACAUGUUCACACUUACUUAAAUGAACUAAAAACAGAUUCAGUAGGAAAUAAUCAUUACCAUGGCAAUUUAAUGUAUGAUUUGUUUUAUACCUGGCCUUUCGAUACAUGGGAGUACUUGGAAACAGACAGAAUAACUCGUAAAGUGUUCACCACACUACUUAUAGUGACCAUCAUCGGGGAGUUCUUCGCUUCACCUGGGGAAACAUUCGCAGACUUGUAUACUCUGCAGUCUUUGGGUAAAGAUACUAAAAAGUUUGGUCUGCAGAUUAUACCUGGACUUGUAGGCCUACUAAUUAUCUCCUUAACGUUUUCAAUCUUAACGAAUACAAACGUUGAUUUGAAGGAUGACUUCUGUCAUAUGGGACAUGUUAUAAACUAUUCUCCAUUUUUAUUUGUUAUUUACUUUAUGCUGUUUCUUUGUAUUGUUGUUGGUUUCUUCUUCAAAUAUACACGUUCUAAUGAUGAUCGACAAACUGAAGAUCGAUGUUGUUGUCGAUGUAACUUCCUCAGUACACUUCUGGUUUUGAUUAAAACCCCAACAUAUGCAGCGUAUGCGGUAGCAGUGGUAUUUAGCGGAAUGGCUGUAGGCAUUAAAGAUUUAUACAUCUAUCAUUACAUCACAGAGAUUGGCGGCCCUCUGUAUAUGUUACCGAUUGUUAUUAUUGUUCAUUUUGUAUCAAGAAUUGUUGCACUGGUGUUAUCUCCAAUGUUAUUAGAAAAGUACGGCCACAUUUAUAUUAUCUCAGCAGGUUUACUUAUUAAUGGUAUCACCUUCGUUGCUUAUUCUGUAAUUGAAAACCCAUGGCUGAUUUUUCUUGUGGAGCCCUUCGAAGGAGUCAGUCAGUUAUCUUGGGUUGCUAUAGUCACAUACGCAGGAAGUCCAGAUAAAAUCGGAGCGUCGAUUCAAGGUGUUGUGCAUGGAUUUUAUCGAGGACUUGGAAUUUCAAUUGGUUUCAUCGUAGUGAGUGUUUUGAUAUUAAAGUAUGGAUAUCUUGCUUUGUUUUUGGCGCUCGGGAUUAUUUAUUUUCUUGUGUUUGGAUUUUACCUCGGAGUGACACAUGCUUUUCCAAAGAAAGAGACGAUAGCAGAAGAGUAUGGUGGAUAUAUGUUAGUGCAAGAACGAGAUGAAGAUCAUUCUGGUGACGAAAAAGUAGGGUACGAAUAUGAAAAAUUAGAUACCUCAUUUCUUGAGUAAUCUGAUCAUUUUUUUUUCUUUAUGGUUUUAACUUUUAGUUCCAAUCAGACCGGAAAAUUAUACGAACCAUAGAUUUUAGGUUCGAAAAAAGUGACGUUUAAAAACAUGUACACAAUUAUAACACGAUUCUUUGUUGUCGUGUGCCGAUGCCUUUCCUGUUUUUUACUAUACAGGAAUGCGAUUUUCUCCUUUAUCAUUUUUUCCGAAAUUUUUCUCGUGUAUUAAUUUCACGAAUGAUAUCUUAAAGACUACUUCGCGAGUACAUAAUUCGCGAAUUUAAUCUGCGAAAAGUCGCGCCCAAAUUAAUUCCUGUAAAAAAUAGUACAAUUAGAUAUUAUUCCCAAUACAAAAAGUAAAAUUGAAUAUAAAAUGUAUUUUUGUUUUCGUAAAAGUUUUUUUAAUUAUUUUUUUAUUUUUUUUAUUUAAUAUGUAUUAUAUGUGUGUAUUAUUUAUUUUUUAUUUUAUACUUUUUUAAUUUUUUUGGAAAAAACCUAUAGGCUCUAUAUUCCCAGAGUCUACAAAUUUCAAGUAUUCUUUGAUGUCGAGAUAAAUAAAAUAUACUGAUUUUUUUUUUUAGUAACUAUUUCUUUCUUUGCUAAUAGGUAACUCUUUUCUUAGAUUUAAAGGCGCGAAAUUCAAUAUACUAUUUAAUUUGAUAUACAUACUGUUAUAAUAUUUCGAGGAAAAAUUAUUUUGCGGUUUCGCUUUUUUUGCUAAUCGUAAAAUUUAAUUCCGCAAAAUCCCCUUAAAAAUGAAUGCUAAAUAAAGGAAAAACUAAAACCUAUACUCACUGGAGAUAUAGAUAAACGUUUUGAUCAUACGCGAAGAUUAAUUUUCGUGAAAUUCGCUAUUUUUUGUAACAAAAUGCAAGAAUUGGAGAAUUGGAUAGUUUUUUGUUUAAAAAUCGCAUGGGGUAAACAAUUGUUACAUUUUAGUAGCGAGUAUAUUUUAGUAGUGAUUUUAUUAUGUAAAAAUGGUUUCACUGGCACUACAUGUUUUGGGGUUGUUUGUGCAUAAUUCUUCCGCAAAUUGUUUUGCAUACAUAAAAUAGGUGGGUGGAAAUGAAUUAGGGCGGAGAGGGUGAAAGGUAAAACUACCUUUAAAAACUGAAGCCAUCAUAGAACAGGUACUCCUCUUACAAUUAUGCAGAGAGUAUUGUGUCAUAUUUUCUCUCUAAAUACAACACGAACGAGUGAUACGAGUCGACUUCCUUGUCCGGUGGCGCUACACACAAUCGUCUUCACAAACAAUGUAAGGACCUUGUCCAACUAUUUAUUUACUUGGCUAUUCAAACUAGUUAUGUUUUUUUUUUGGAAUUUAUUUACAAUUUAAUAUAUAAUAACGAAUAUCAAUGUAAUUGUAGCUGGCACUACCUCUAGUUAAAGGGAAAGAUAAAAUAAUAUUUCUA